AUGCAGCUCGAAGAGCCAGUCUUCCACCAGGCAAAAAGAAGAAAAUUCAUCCGCAGGCGUCCGUCCACGCCACCAGGUGAUUCUCAGUCGGAUGCUCAAGAGCUGCCGGCCCAGCACACCCCCGAGGACCUCUCGCCUCCUGCCGCUCCCACGCCGGAGGACGACGAUCAAACCGUGCCCAUUGCCAAAAUAGUCCGUGCUCGAAAGGGACUCAAGUCACGGAGACCGGGAAUAGAAUUCUCGACCGGAUCCAGAUGGAACUCGGAAAAUACCCCUCAGCCAUCUUCUGCGGCGUCUGUGGCGAACGACACUGAGGCCAGUCGACUGGGUGGUAUUUCGGAUCGCUUCGUUGGCCUUACAGGACAAAGGGUCGAUGUCGACAGACAUAUGAUGACUUACAUAGAGACGGAGAUUGCCAAACGUCACCGUCGUAGUACACCUGCUGAAUCGACAUCUAACCAAACAGUAUUCGAGGACCCUGGAAAUCAGGAGUCAGAUUUCAGGAUCCCCCAGCGGCAGCCGGCUACCUUGGGUAAACUCCACGAAAUAGACUUAGGGCCUGAUUCGAAGUUGCGGAACAUCGAGCGAACAGAGGCUGCCACAAGGAGUCUCGUGAGUGGAGAUCCAGUGCAAACUGAGGAUGCAACUACAGUUGCGAAGAAGCCUCGGUCGGAUAAAGGCCCGAAGCCAUGGCGCCAGCGGAAGCGACGCAAUAGCGAAGAUAUCAGGCGAGACCAACUUGUCGAAGAAGUCUUACGGGAAAGCAAACUCGAUGUCUAUGAGGAGCCAGCACACGAGCAGCUUGAUGACGAUCAGGCCGCCGAUGAUCGCAUUGCAGAGCAAUUUAGACGGGACUUUUUGGAUGCAAUUCAGUCGCGAAGACGCGGUGUUAGAUCCAAAAACACGAAAACUUCGAAAACCGACGUUCCCAGGGGCCCCAAGCUGGGUGGAAGCAGAAGCGCUCGAGCUGCAAUGCGAGAAAAACAAGAAAAAGCAGGGAAGAAAUAA